GAGAGUCGCGCAUUGGAACUCAAACUAUCCGCACAAUAAAUUUUUUUUUUUUUUUUUUUUUUUAUUUUUAAUUUACAAUAUUUUCAUUCAUAAAAUAUUGUAUUAUUUUUUGUGAUUAUAUUUAUAGUGAAGUUUAUAAAUUACUAAUUUUUAUUUUUAAAUUUUUUGGAGUAUUGUUUGUGUUGCAGUCAUUAUUUAAUUUGUUUUUGUGAAAUUUUUUUAAUUACGAUAAAAUAUAUUUAUACUGUGUCAAUUUAUAAAUAAUUAUUUUAUUCAUUAUAAUAUCAAGGAUAAUUAUUUAUGAUGAUAAUUAAGUUUUACAAAUGAUGAAUUUUUAAAUAAGGAAGCUGAAAAAAUAUCCUGACGAAAUGGCACUGACCGUAUCCUCACCCCGUAUUUUCAACGGAAACGUGGGAAAACAAAUUUACAAUUCUGGAUCUGGUACAACACCAACUGGCUCAAAAUGUAACUGUUGUCCUUAUGGUUAUCAUAUUGAUUUGGAUUUUGUUGAAUAUUGUGAAGCUGUUGCUGCUGAUAGUGCUGGUGAUAAAUCAACAAUUGAAAGACGUAAAAAACGUGAACGACGUAGACAAUGUCAAUCAAUGGAAAUUUUACUUGGCUUGGUUGAUCCACUAUCUGAUUUUGAACAUGAACUAUCAGAAGUAUCUCAAGAUAAAUUUUCACAUGAAAAUAGAGUAAUGACUCUACCAAGACCUGGUCAAAAUAACAAAUCAAAUUAUGAUAAUUAUAAUCAACACUCAGCAGCACUGGAUUUAAGUGAUGUUGUUGGUGAUUUUGAAGCUACCCUAAAACGUCUAUCAAAGCCAAAAAAAAUUAAUGAAUCAAAAUUACAGCCAGAAAAUUUUACAGAUGGAACACACACGACAAGUCCAAUACAAAUUCCAGCUCAUGGAGACAUAUCCACUGACUUUGACAGUGCAAGUAUUGCAAGUGGAAAUUCAAAUCUCAGUACUGGUACUCUUCAUAAUAUUAGAGACCAAAUGGCAGCAUCAUUAGAACGAAUGCGUGAACUUGAAGAACAAGUUAAAGCAAUUCCAAUGCUGCAGGUUCAAGUAUCAGUAUUGAAAGAAGAAAAAAGAAUUUUGCAAAGACUCGUUGAAGGUUUCAAUAGAACACGAUUAAAUGACGAAAUAAAUUAUCGUUUUCAUAAUAAUCAAUCAAACAAUGAUAAAGCAACAAUUAAAAGUCCAUGUGAAACAAGAGAUAUGGGUGUUAUGUGUGAAGUAGCAACAAGGGAUGUUGGUAUAUCUCAUCAACAGGUGGGAACACGUGAUGUUGGUAUGGUUACAAGUACACCAAUAAAUAAAAAUAUUGAUUUAACAAUUUUAAAUAUAGACGAAAAUAAUUUAAAUAAAAAUAAAAAAAAAACAUGUAAUAAUUUAAGUACAAAAUUUGCAACAAUAAAUGACAUGUCAAGUUUAUCAAUAUUAUCAAAAGAAAUACCAAAAAUUGAUUUAAAAAUUGGUCCAAUGAGAGUUGAUAAUAUAUGGCCAAAUAAAUGUAAUUCAAAAGAUUUUUCAACAAAUACAGAUUCACCAUUAAUUAAAAAACAAAUUUUAUCACGUAGUGAUUAUUUAUUUGAAGAAAUAUUACCAACAAUUGAUAUUAAAAAAUUAAAUACACGUAAUUUUGGUACAACAACUGAUUUAAAAUUAAACGAUAUUAAAACAAAUGAUGAUAUUGAAAAUCAUAUUAAAUUAUACAAAAAUAAUAAUGUAAUAAUUAAAAAAAAUUCAUCAAUUAAAUCUACACAAUGUGAUAAUGAUGAAUUUAUAAAAAAAAUAAAAAUGAAAAAUAAAGAAAUACAAGUUACUGAACCAUUUAAAAUGCGUACAAAUGUUGGAAUAACAGUUAAACCAAGAACAUGUGAAAUUGGUACUGAUGUUAUAACCCCACCAGGUACAAGAACAAUUGGAAUUGGUCCAGAUCCAGUACAAUCAAUACAAUCAAUAUCACUUAAUUCAAUGAAUUUACGUAGUCAUUCAUUUAAUUAUGGUGAUAAAAAUAUUGUUAAAAAAAAAACAAUGAAAUCAAUUGGUAUUGGUGUUGAUAAUUUAAUUAAAACAAAUAUUAAAAGUACUGAUACAUCCGAUUUAUUACCUAAAAAACGUGAAUUUGGUACAUCACCAAUGAAAAAAAAAUACAUUGAUGUAUCAGUUGGUGAUUCAUUAAAAUCACAUAUUGAAAUAUCAUGUGCUGCAAAUUAUUGUGAUAAUUGUAAAGAAACAAUUAAAUCAAUUGCAAAACAAUUAGAUAAUAAUAAUUGUUUUAAUUAUAUUGAUAAUACAAAUAAAAAAUUAAUAAAUGAUGAAGAAAAAAUUAAUGAUGUACAAAAUACAAGUCAAAUAAUAACAUCAAAAAUACCAAGACCAUCAAAUAUAUUAUUAAAUAAUUUACAAGAUGUUAGAAAACAAUUUAAACGACAAGAUACAUAUACUAAAAUUCCAACUGGUAUUAUUCGUUAUGAUGCUGAUAAUAAAGAUACAUACAAUUCAAAUAACAAACAUCAACAACAGACAGAAACAACAGAAGAAAUACAUGUUGAAAAAAAAGAAUCUAAAAAUAUAUCAACAACAGAACAUAAAAUAAUGUUAAAUGAUGAAAAAAAAUCUCAACCAGAAACAUCAUUUGAGCCAAUACGUGAUAAAUUACGUAUUAAAAAUGAACCAACAAAAGAAAUGCGUGCAGCAAUUAAAGUAUUAAAUGAUAAUCUUAAAAAAUCACCAAAUAAAAAUAUAUCAAAUCAAACUAAAAAUGCAAUAAAUGUUAUACAACAAGAAUGGUUUAAAAUAUCAAGUACAGCAACAGCAAAUCCUCAUGAUGUUGAAGAUUAUUUAGAUUGUUUUGAGGAGUAUUCAAAUUAUUUACUUGAACAUAUUGUAAAUAUGUCUGAUACAAGUGGUAAUACAGCAAUGCAUUAUGCUGUAUCACAUGGUAAUUUUGAUGUUGUAUCAAUAUUAUUAGAUUCAAAAGUAUGUGAUAUUAAUAAAGCAAAUAUUGCUGGUUAUACUGCUGUUAUGUUGGCAGCACUGGCUGAAGUUAAAAAUUCAACUCAUUCAUCAGUUGCAAAUAGAUUAUUUCAAAUGGCUGAUGUUAAUAUAAGAGCAAAAUUGCAUGGACAAACUGCAUUGAUGUUAGCAGUAUCACAUGGUCGUAAAGAUAUGACAAAAUUAUUGUUAGAUGCUGGUGCUGCUAUUAAUAUACAAGAUGAAGAUGGUAGUACAGCAUUAAUGUGUGCUGCUGAACAUGGACAUGUUGAUAUUGUACGUCUUUUAUUAGCUCAUACUGAUUGUGAUUCAUCAAUUGUUGAUAUUGAUGGUAGUUCAGCAUUAAAAAUUGCACUUGAAGCUGGUAAUCGUGAUAUUGGAAUACUUUUAUAUGCUCAUGAACAUGUUAAUAGAGGUACUAGUCCAUUUUCAUCAAUGAGACGAAGUAGCAGAAGAGGAUCAAAACCUACAACACCAACUGGACCAUCACCAUCAGCACCAGCUAGUCCAGCACCUGCACGAAGAUUUCAUUCAUCUAAUGCAUCACUUAAUAUUUCUAAAUAUCCAGGAAAGUAAGAAACAAUAAUACUUUCUUUUUCAAUGUUACUUAAAUAAUAUUUUUUAACAAUUGGCAGUGUUUAUUUUUAUAUGUAAAUUAAUAUUUAUGAAAAAUUAUUUUAAAUUGUAUAAAUUAUUUUAUUUUAAACUAAUCAUUUUAUCAAUUUUUGAAAAAAUGAAUAUAUUAGUUUAUCAAGGUGCUGAAAAUUUAUUUAUUUCUUUCUUUUUUUUUUUUUUUUUGUUAAAUUAUUAAAUUUAGUAUUUUUUUGAAUAAAAAAAAUUCUGGAAUAAUAGAAAUUAAAAAUUUUAAAUUCAUCUUCAGGUAUAAAGUCUUCCAGAAAUUAAAUUUGAAAAAAAAAAUUAGUAAAUCUGAUGAUACAUUGGUAAAUAUUGGAAAUGAAAAAAAAAAAAUUAAACAUGAAAAAAAAAAAAAAA